CACAAGGCAAUCAUCGAUUCGCACCGACACAUCAUGAGCCAGCGCGCCCUCACUCUCCCCAUACGAACACUCUCGUCACAUGCGCUGAAGCCUCACUGGACGUGUCGGCGAUGUCUCGCGACACAAACACAGUCUGCUGCCAAAGUGGACUACCGAAAGCUUACGCCUCACGAACUUCUAUCACGACCCUUGCCGCAGGCAAAGAUUCCUGACCACUAUCUGCAACAUGUCAAUGCAGAGUUGCUGCCCAUAUCAGAACAGGAGCAAUGGGAAAAAGUGACGCCCCAUAAGAAAACCGUCGGGGUGGUGGUCAGUCAUGGAAAGAUGGACAAAACGGUGCGGGUACGAGUCGCCGGCCAGAGAUGGAAUCAGGCGAUCAAGAAGUAUUACCGCGCAGACCAACACCACCUGGUCCACGACCCGAAUAACUCUCUCGUAGCCGGAGACGUUGUCGAAAUACACCGCCUGAAAGUCAGCGCCCAGGUCGAACAUGUGGUGUCCAAGAUUGUCUCCCCAUUCGGCAGUCCCAUCGAAUCGCGGCCUCCGAUCCCAAGUCCGGAAGAUAGACUAGCAGCAUACAAGCAGAGACGCUUCAUUAAGCUUGAGCGAAAAGCUUUGCGAAGGCGAGCAGCGCAGGGAAGCGAGGAUGCCAUACGGCAGUUGAAAGAGAUGGAUCUAGAUUCUGGCGCGGGUGCAAAAUCUGGCGUGGCAGAGGAGGACGUGCUGGAGGUUUCGCGCAAGGAGAAGAAAUCGCAAGAUGAAGCUAUACUAGAAGAGAAGGAUCAGAAACCUCCAGAGGGAGUGUCGCCCGGAGGAACGCAGGAGAGGUCGUAAUCGAGUUUGUCAGUUCCCGACAUUCGAGUGUGCUGCAUGUUGACAGUCGUAUCGACACAGGUGCAGCUAAUUCAGGGGCUCCGCUCAGCCCUUUCUCUUCCUCUGUGGCCAAUCUCUCGGUUUCACUCGGACGCUCCUCUCUCUUUGUAGCCAACCUCUCUGCCUUGGCUCGUCCUGUCCACCCUCAAGUAUUCUAAAGCUGCUGCCUCUCUUUACAGGGACACCUCAGAUUGACGGGUCUCACUCUUUAGGGAGUGUGGACUUCGAUAUUUGAAGAGGUCGCUACGGCGCACCCGACACAACUCCUCACGGAGGGCGUCUUUUUUUUACCUUUUUCUUCUUGUUCUGAAGAUGUCUUCUAAAAUGCCUGUAGCAACGAACAGUGAC